AUGACUGAACGCCCGGCGGGAUUGGGCAGGAACCCAACCGCGCCUCCUAUUAUGGCAAAUGGCCACUUUGCAACGAUCGGCGAUAAUGCGGAUGCCGCCGCCGCUUAUGAGCAUGGUGUGCAGGUCAUUGAUGGAGACAAGGAGUUCAAGUACGACCACCACAUUUCCACUUCCCCAUUCGCCAUUGAAUUUCAUCCGAACCUUGCGAAGUACCUCUCCCUCGAAGAAGUCACCCAAGCCGGCUUCAACUACCACCUCAUCUCUGUGUUCGGCUCGCAAUCGACGGGAAAGUCCACCUUGCUGAAUAACUUGUUCGGCACACAGUUCUCGGUUAUGUCGGAAUUAGAGCGAAGGCAGACUACCAAGGGAAUUUGGCUGUCAAAGAAUAAGAAGCAGGGGGAGGCUUCCUCAGCUGAUGGAGAGCGCAUGGCGGACAAUAUCCUAGUGAUGGAUGUUGAGGGUACAGACGGUCGUGAGCGCGGCGAAGACCAGGAUUUUGAGCGCAAGAGUGCUCUCUUUGCGCUUGCGACUAGUGAGGUGCUCAUUGUCAACAUCUGGGAGCACCAGGUGGGGCUGUACCAAGGAGCCAAUAUGGGUCUCCUGAAGACCGUCUUUGAGGUAAAUCUGCAGCUAUUCCUCAAGGACAAGAAUACCACCCACCGAUCCCUCCUAUUCUUUGUCAUUCGUGACUUCAUCGGUACCACCCCGCUCAAGAACCUCCAGAAGACACUAUUGGAAGACCUGUCUCGUCUGUGGGAUACAAUCUCGAAACCUGCUGGCCUCGAGAAGUCAACCAUCCACGAUUACUUCGAUUUCCAGUUUUACGGUCUCCCACACAAAGGUUACCAGGCGGAACAAUUCGUGGCGGAAACUAAGAAGCUUGGUCUGCGCUUUCGCGAGGGUCAUCGCGACCCGAAGAGAGAUGCGCUCAAGGGCGAAUUCUCAGAAGGGGGCGUCUUUCUGCCCGAAUACCACCGCCGUAUCCCAGCUGAUGGAUUUUCGCACUACGCUGAGGGUAUUUGGGACCAAAUUGUCAACAAUAAAGACUUGGAUCUGCCUACACAGCAAGAGCUCCUUGCUCAGUUCCGUUGCGAUGAAAUUUUGCGAGAAGUCAUGAUUGGAUUUGAUGAGGCCAUUACUGCCUUUGAGGACAAACAAGCCGAGGCCGUUCGAUCAGGCGCCCCCGAGGUACUUGGAGGACUGGGUGCAGCUAUGCGGGCUGCGCGCUCGAAGACUCUGAAGGCUUUUGAGGUCGAAGCUAGUCGGUACCACAAGGGUGUCUAUCAGCGCAAGAAGGCCGAGUUAGAGAACAAAGUCGAUACCCGCUUGAAGGUGCUAUUCCAUGGUCAAAUAUCCGCUGCGCAUAAGUCCGGUAUCCGUGAUUUCAGCGACGCCGUUACCGACGCUGUCAAGUCUGGCCAGAAGAAGGGUGGGAACUACGACUUCGCCGAGAUUGUGAACAAGGAAACCAAUUCUUCGCUGGAGAAAUUUGAGGAAAUUGCCCGUUCCACACUAGUGGAAGGUACAUCUUGGAGUAACUAUAAGCAGGAAUUGAAGCUUUACGAAAAGGAGCUUUCUGAAGUCAGUGCGCGCCUGCGCCGAGACGAGAUGAGACGUUUGGCUAGUCGUGUUGAACGUUGGGUGCAAUCUCGCUUGGGUGAAUCUGUCGGGCUUGAGUUUAACAGCCUUGGUUCUGGUCGCGCUGGUGCAGGUGCCCCAGAAAACGGAGAGAAGCCUACUGAAAAGCAAUUUUGGGAUCGUGUAUGGAAUGUGUUUGUUGAGACCGUUCUCGAUGCGGAACGAAGAUUCACGGACCGGGCCAGUAGCUUUGAUGCCAGCCUUGAAGAGGUUGAUGUUGGGUUGUGGCGCUUGCGACGCAAGUCUUGGGGCGUUAUGCGUGCUAAGAUUGAUGAAGAAAUGACCGAGGGUAACUUAUUGUUAAAACUGCGCGAGAACUUUGAGGACAAGUUCCGCUAUGAUGAUGAGGGUGUGCCGCGCAUCUGGCGCCCUACCGACGAUAUCGAGGGCGUUUAUACUCGUGCUCGCGAGUCCACUCUAACACUGAUCCCCCUUCUUUCUCGAUUCCGUCUUGCUGAAACGUCCGCUCCUCCUCCGCUUGAUCGGUGGGUUGGCCACACUCCUAGCUCGGCGACAGCUGCAGACGAGGAGGACUUGCCGCCCAUUGGAGGUAUCGAUGAAGACGAAGGCAAAAGUCUGGAGGAGGAGAUGACCAUCCUUGGUGAUGCUAAGCGCCAGGAGCUCACCGUGCGCUUCAAGAAGGCUGCCGAUGGUGUAUAUGUUGAAGCCAAGCGGAGUGCCAUUGGCGGUAUGACCCAAGUUCCUCUCUACUUCUAUGGCCUGCUGCUUGCCUUGGGAUGGAAUGAGAUCAUUGCUGUUCUUCGCAACCCGGCAUACUUCCUCCUGCUGUUUGUUUGUGCCGUGGGUGCCUAUGUCACCUACCAGCUCAACUUGUGGGGACCUAUCCUGAAGAUGACCGAGGCUGCAUCUCACCAGGCAAUUGAGGAAGGCAAACGCCGUCUACGGGACUUCCUUGAAUCUUCAGAUACUGGCCGACAAGCAAUGGCCAUGUCGGCUGAACGGACGGGCACCUCAGGUCGCGGCGAGGAGUACGAGAUGUCUGAUAUGCAAAAGCGUGGCACGCAGGCCAACGACGACCUGGAUGACUUGUAA